AUGAUAGCUAUUGAACGGUCUGAAACAACUAUGAACAAUUCUGGCGUGGUCGCUGAGAAAGAGGAAGUCGAUAUGAAUACGAAAAAUGUUUCUGUUAAGAGAAGAAAAGUUGAGUUCUCUGAGGAUGUGAUGUUGCAUUCCAUCUCUGCCAGAAAUGCAGACGGUGUAGAAGAUUCUAAGGAUCCUCAAAUAGCCGAAACCAUGUACAGAAGAUAUGUAUUAUCCGCAUUGGAGGCUCUUGAUACAAAGGACUCUUCACUAAUAGAUUCGAUAUCUAAUCAAAUGAGUUUACCAACCUCUAACAAGGAACGAAUUAGUGAAUCUAAUUUAAAUAUCUUAUUAGAUAUAUUGUCAUCGAAUGUUAGUCGUAUUGAUAGUCCCUUAUGUAAUAAUUUGAUUUUAUCAAUUAUAAAUUUUGAAGAAUGGUAUGAGUUACCAACUGCUUCUCUUACAAAAUAUAUUUUCUUCAUUCAAGUUUUAUGUUCAAGUUUACCAAAAUGGUGGCAAGAUAUAUCAAUGGCAAUAAUAUCGAAAUUCAUCUUAGCACCAGAAAAGACGAUAAAACAUCAUGAACUUAUAGCAUAUUUUAUAAAGACGAUCCCAUCUACAAUUAAUAUGGUAGGUGAUUUUUUGGUGAAAUUUUUCCCAAAUAAAAAUGACUCUAAACAAAAACUAGUAAAUUAUAUUACAAAUUUACUAAUGUUAACUGAUUAUUGUAAAGAAUUGAGGUUUCUAGUGUGGUCAUUAUUAAUUGAAAAAAUAAUCACGCUAGAUGUCGAGUUACAAAAUGAACUAGAUGAACUGGAUGAUGAUGACGAACUAGAAGAAUUUGAUGGAGAUUCCAGUAAUGAUGAAGAAGAUGAAGACAGUGAUGAAGAGAUUGAAAAUGAGGAAAAUAAGUCAAUUAUUUUAGAAGCAGAACAAGACAAUGAUAAUGAUGAAGAUGGUGAUCAGGAGGAGGAAGGGGAAACUUACAGCGCUGAAGUUUCUCAAAGUAUUAAAGAGCUCUCUUCUAAAUUAGAUUCCAUCCUAUCUCUAUUGACUUCAAAGUUAUCUCAUGAAGUCUCACCAGAGAAAAUAGAAAGUGGUGAAGGUGUAGGCUUAUUUAAUAAAUUGACUGCUUUGUUCAAAUCUCAUGUUCUUCCUACCUAUUAUACCAAAUCAAUCCAAUACAUCAUGUUUUACAUUUCACAACAGCAAAAUGAAUUAAUGGACUCAUUUUUGGUCACAUUAAUUGACAUUGCAUUUUCAUCAAACGAAACUUCAGAAACUAAAAUAAAAUCAUUACAAUAUCUAGGUUCCUAUAUCGCUCGUGCUAAGAAAGUUUCAAAGACCCAAGUGAUUUUUGUGACAAGUUAUUUAACCUCAUGGUUGAAUAGAUUUGUAUUGGAGAGAGAAGAGGAAGUUGACCAAAUUGGUGGUAUGGAAAGAUUUAAACAAUUUUAUGCUACUUUUCAAGCUUUAUGUUACAUGUUCUGCUUUAGACAUUCCGACCUCAAAGAUGCAGAUGGUAAUUGGGAUUGUGAAUUAGAUAAGUUUUUCCAAAGAAUGGUCAUUUCUAAAUUUAAUCCUUUGAAAUAUUGUAAUGAGAAUGUUAUGAUGAUGUUUGCUAGAAUUACACAGCAUGAAGGUAUUGCUUAUUGCUUUGGUAUAAUCGAAAGUAAUAACAAUGAAAGAUUAAGAGGAAUCAUGGGAAGAUCUUCGACACCAACAACUGAGAGAAAUGGUGUAACCGACGACAAAUCUUCGAGUAAUUUCACAGCUUCAACUUGGUCCUUAGUGACUAGACAGCAAUUCAUCGAUUUACAAAGUUAUUUCCCAUUUGAUCCAUUAUUUUUAAAAGAAUACAAAAUUAUGAUGAAAGAUUACUACAUCGAGUGGAAUGAAGCAAGUGGUGAUUACGAAAGCGAUGAUGACUCUGACGAUUAA